AUGCAAAAUGCCAUGAUACUCCCGGUGUCUGGGCAGCCGGAGUUGAUGGAAGCAUUCUUGAGGAAGCUUGCAUGGUUGGUUGCAAGUAGGAUUUUUGUGCUUUUAGCUAGUUGUGAUGCCUAUAAGUAUCCAUUCCCGUCUGAUGGCUUAACCUUUGGUUAUCUUCAUGAAAUGUUUAAUGUUGUUCAGGCUGGGAUUGUUCAUUUUAUGGUUGAGAUUAAUGAACAAGGGCUGAGAUUUAUGGACUCCAGUUCGUCAAGCUCUUAUUCACUCAAAGAGGAUAUUACAUUCUUUUGGAGGAGGAGAGGAGGAAGCAGUAAUAAAAAAUUAUCGCAUACUAAAUGGUGUCAAACUGUUCAGCUUGAACCUGAAGUGAUCUCAAUGUCCUUCAUACCAAUUUCGUCCUUGUUGAGUGGAGUUGACGGGAGUGGAUUCUUGAGCCAUGCAAUUAAUCUCUAUCUACGAUAUAAACCACCAAUUGAAGAACUUCAUCAAUUCCUGGAGUUUCAACUUCCAAGGCAAUGGGCACCAGUAUUUGGUGAGCUUCCCCUUGGUCCAGAGAGUAAGCUGCAAAAUGGUGCAUCUUUACAGUUCAGCCUUAUGGGUCCCAAGCUCUAUGUGAACUUAAAUCCGCUUCCCAAUUCUUCAUUUUUGAGAUCUGCUCAAGUCGUUAGUCAUGCAGAAUCAUGGCAAAAGAUAGAUGGCUUGUGGCUGACUGAAGGGUUCAAUAGCUUGCCAUCAAGUUGGUUUGAAAUGAUGUUUGAGUCAUUAAGUCGAGAUUUGGACUUGAUGUCUCCUUAUUUAGCAGAACAAAUCAAUGGAGCUGUAUAG